AUGGACAACGCACACACAAAGACGGUUGAAGAAGUUUACAGCUUUUUUAACGUGAAUGAAAGCACAGGUCUGAGUUUAGAUCAAGUGAAGAAACAACGGGAACGAUAUGGACCAAACGAACUGCCAGCUGAGGAGGGUAAGUCCCUUUGGGAACUGGUGAUUGAACAAUUUGAAGACUUGCUUGUGAGGAUCCUUUUACUUGCUGCCUGCAUAUCCUUUGUGCUGGCCUGGUUUGAAGAGGGAGAAGAAACCGUUACAGCCUUUGUGGAGCCUUUUGUUAUCCUACUUAUUCUCAUAGCAAAUGCCAUUGUAGGAGUCUGGCAGGAGCGAAAUGCAGAAAAUGCCAUUGAAGCACUAAAGGAGUAUGAGCCAGAGAUGGGGAAGGUGUACCGCCAGGAUAGGAAGAGCGUCCAGAGAAUCAAGGCCCGGGACAUUGUACCUGGAGACAUUGUUGAGGUGGCAGUUGGGGACAAAGUGCCUGCAGACAUCAGGCUGUCUUCUAUCAAGUCAACCACGCUGAGGGUAGACCAAUCUAUUCUUACAGGAGAGUCGGUGUCUGUGAUCAAACACACUGACCCGGUGCCUGACCCUCGUGCUGUCAACCAGGACAAGAAGAACAUGCUCUUUUCUGGCACCAACAUUGCAGCUGGUAAAGCUGUUGGUGUGGUGGUGGCCACAGGUGGCAACACAGAGAUUGGCAAAAUCCGAGAUGAGAUGGCAUCAACAGAGCAGGAGCGCACACCACUGCAGCAAAAGCUGGAUGAAUUCGGACAGCAACUAUCUAAGGUUAUUUCACUGAUCUGUAUUGCUGUGUGGAUCAUCAAUAUUGGACAUUUCAACGAUCCUGUCCAUGGAGGCUCCUGGAUUCGAGGCGCUGUCUACUACUUCAAGAUCGCUGUGGCUCUGGCAGUUGCUGCUAUCCCUGAGGGUCUGCCUGCUGUCAUCACUACUUGCCUGGCGUUAGGAACACGCCGCAUGGCCAAGAAGAAUGCCAUUGUCCGCAGUUUGCCCUCUGUGGAGACCCUUGGCUGUACAUCUGUCAUCUGCUCUGACAAGACCGGCACACUGACCACCAAUCAGAUGUCUGUGUGCAGGAUGUUUAUCAUUGACCGAGCAGAGGGCGAGCACUGUUCCUUAAAGGAAUUCACUGUCACAGGCUCCACAUAUGCCCCAGAUGGAGAAGUGUACCAUGAUGCAAAACCAGUCAAAUGUUCCCAGUAUGAUGCCUUGGUGGAGCUGGCCUCUAUCUGUGCUCUCUGUAAUGAUUCCUCAUUGGACUAUAACGAGACCAAAGGUGUGUAUGAGAAGGUCGGUGAGGCCACAGAGACAGCUCUCACAUGCCUGGUGGAGAAGAUGAACGUGUUUGAUACAGAUGUUAAAGGCCUUUCCAAGAUUGAGCGAGCUAACGCCUGUAAUUCUGUCAUCAAGCAGCUGAUGAAGAAAGAGUUUACCUUGGAGUUUUCCAGAGACCGGAAGUCCAUGUCUGUGUACUGCACUCCUAAUAAAGCCCGCUCCUCUGUUGGCAAGAUGUUUGUAAAGGGUGCUCCUGAGGGAGUGAUUGACAGGUGCACACAUGUCCGGGUUGGCAGUAACAAGGUGCCCUUGACCCCCGGCAUCAAGGAAAAACUAAUGUCUGUCAUCAGAGAAUAUGGAACUGGCAGGGACACCUUGCGCUGUCUGGCUCUGGCCACCCGAGACAACCCCAUGAGCAAAGAUGAACUGGUGUUAGAGGACUCCACCCGCUUUAUUGAGUAUGAGACUGAUCUGACGUUUGUCGGCUGUGUGGGCAUGCUGGAUCCUCCCAGAGCAGAGGUGGCAGCCUCUAUUAGACUCUGCCGUCUUGCUGGCAUCCGAGUAAUUAUGAUCACUGGAGACAACAAGGGAACGGCAGUGGCUAUCUGCAGACGUAUUGGUAUUUUCGGUGAGGAGGAUGACGUCUCCAGCAUGGCUUUCACUGGCCGAGAGUUUGAUGAUCUGUCACCUGCUGCACAAAGAGAAGCUGUGGUCAAGGCCCGCUGCUUUGCUCGUGUUGAGCCUUCACAUAAAUCCAAGAUUGUGGAGUACCUGCAGUCCUAUGAUGAGAUUACAGCUAUGACUGGUGACGGAGUAAACGACGCUCCUGCUCUAAAGAAGGCUGAGAUUGGUAUUGCCAUGGGCUCAGGCACAGCUGUGGCCAAGACCGCCUCUGAGAUGGUGCUGGCUGAUGACAACUUUGCCACCAUUGUAGCUGCAGUCGAGGAAGGCAGAGCCAUUUAUAACAACAUGAAACAGUUCAUCAGAUACCUCAUCUCUUCAAAUGUGGGCGAAGUUGUCUGUAUCUUCCUGACUGCGGCUCUGGGCUUCCCUGAAGCUCUCAUCCCUGUUCAGCUGCUCUGGGUCAACCUGGUGACUGACGGCUUGCCUGCCACCGCAUUGGGCUUCAACCCGCCAGACUUGGACAUCAUGAACAAACCCCCACGCAACGCUCGCGAGCCCCUCAUCUCUGGAUGGCUCUUCUUCAGAUACCUAGCCAUUGGAUGUUAUGUGGGUGCUGCCACUGUCGGUGCUGCUGCCUGGUGGUUUGUUGCUGCUGAGGAUGGACCAAGGAUUACCUUUUACCAGCUGAGCCACUUCCUGCAGUGUGCUCCAGAGAAUCCAGACUUCCAGGAUAUGGACUGUAGGGUGUUUGAGUCCCCUUACCCUAUGACGAUGGCCCUGUCUGUGCUGGUCACCAUUGAGAUGUGCAAUGCCCUAAACAGUGUGUCAGAAAACCAGUCCCUGCUGCGUAUGCCUCCCUGGGAGAACGUGUGGCUGCUGGGAGCCAUCUGCCUCUCCAUGUCUCUUCACUUCCUUAUCCUCUAUGUGGAGCCUCUUCCAAUCAUCUUCCAGAUCACCCCUCUGAAUCUGACACAGUGGCUGAUGGUGCUCAAGAUCUCGCUGCCUGUCAUUCUACUGGACGAGUUUCUCAAGUUUGCCGCCAGAAACUACCUGGAGCCCGGUUGGCUCUCAUAAAAAGCUUCAUAAAACUUAAAGAGUGGGCUCAGAGGCUGGAGUUGUCCUACCAUCCAGCAUGUGUGCUCACUCUAACCUCACACACCUCAGACACCAUGAUGACCAGCAGUGUGUGUACCUUUGCACCGACAAAAAAAAAAAGGACAUGUUUUCACAGUAAUAAGACCAAAUACGUAAGGGUGUAUACUAUAUAAAGUGGUUGGGCUGGAAACAUAGGUCCUUGGCCCCAUGCACCACAACACAUGAACACAAUUAUACCUCUGUGUGCAGAUGCUAUAUCAAUAUGACACUAUUCCAGUUUUGUGUGCAGGGAAGUUCUCGACACCCUCAACGUCCCUUCUUGCAUGAAGAAUUUGUUUCCAACUUUCAUGGUAGCGUAGAGAAUCUUUGAAACCACUGGGUUGAAUGGUCUUAGCUGUACAUCAGUGUACAAAAAUCAUGCAUGCGUUUCAGCUGUAUGUAGGCUUUGCAAUUUGUAUUUAUAGAUUCUAAUGUAUAAUACUCCAAUGACAUAUUAAGAUGGUUUUAAGAUGGAUAUAUAUCGUAGAUAUUGGGAAAUCACUGUUUUUAUUGUAACGGUUUGGGUAAUUUGCACAAUAUUAGACAAUGAGAAGUGACUCAUGCUGAACCUGACUGUGCUCUACUUGAGUUUGAUUUUUAAUCCCCUCCCUGUUAACUGCUGUGGGCCGAUCACUGAACCAUUUACAUUCUGAUGAAUUAGUCCUUUUGAAAUGAGGACUACAGACUGGUUAUCCUGCAAUACAACAGUGUUCUCCUGUUUUCAUAUAGCCUCUGCAUUAUUAUUAUUAUCAUGUAUCCUUAUCAACUGCUGUAAAACUGUGAUCUAAUGUGAGGGGGCCUGUGCAGUCCCCUCAGUAACUCCUGGUCGAAGAACAAUAUUAACCAUGUGUAAAAAGACGAUCAUUAUUGAGGAUGAAUAAUGAUUGUAGAUGCAUUACUGAGGUUGUGGUUUCAGGUAAAUAAAAUAAUAUAGUAUUUGAA